AUGGCUCCAUCCGAAAAAAGAAAAACCACCAGAAAGAAGAAGGAUCCAGCUGCUCCAAAGAGAUCCCUUUCUGCUUACAUGUUCUUUGCUAAUGAAAACAGAGAUAUUGUUAGAGCUGAAAACCCAGGUAUUUCAUUUGGUCAAGUUGGUAAAUUAUUAGGUGAAAGAUGGAAGGCUUUAACUGGUGAUGACAAAGUUCCUUAUGAAAAUAAAGCUGAUCAAGAUAAAAAAAGAUAUGAGAAGGAAAAAGCUGAAUAUGCUAAAAGAAAUGGUAAUUAA